AUGAAUCAAGGUCCAGCACCACCGGAUGUCAUCAUUUUAGGAGGAUGGUCUCCUGGCCCACUGUUAUAUCUCAAAGACUUUCUAGCAUCGAAUCAAUGUCGGAUCGUUGAACUGCAAAUUCCAAUGCCUCCCAUUCCGGGAUCCUGGUGCUUGGACAAGGCGGUUUGCGGCACCAUUGGGAUCCUGAUACUCAUGAUAUUUGGCUUGGCGUUGCAUGCUUCGGAUCUUCACUGGUUUUUGUUUGCAUUCAUUGUAUUUCCAAUAUGGUUUCGAAUUCUGGCGGUGAUUGUUGUGAGAGUCUCUAUAAAACAAGGCAUACAGAUUGCUCUACAGGCGAUUCGCGAAAGCGAGGGCCGGGAAACGAUAUUGGUGGGCUUUAGUUGGGGUGCAGCUGUGCUUGGUGAAAUGGUGGCUCUUGGAAUGAUUGGAAGAUCCGAUCAACCGUUAGCGCUUUUGAUUGCACCAACUUCAUCUUUGGUUGCUUCGGUAGCCAAACAGAGGGAUGCUGCCCUACGCAUUCGACAUUCUUGCAACUCGAACCGGGUAUUUGUGGUACAUGGGACUGCCGAUCAUACAUUCUGUCCCAACCAGGAACGCUGGCAGGAUACAGGAGCUAGCCUUCAUUAUUUGGUGGACAAUCAUGUUUUUAUGCGACACCCGUCGCAAAGACAAUUGAUCAAUAUAGCGGGAAGCAUACUGCGUUCGACUGAAUCACAAGCUUUCUGA